AUUAAAUACAGAUUCACUGCUACCCAAAAAUCCUUCUUGGAUGUAAUCCCUGUAAGCUGAGCUCAAAUUGAGACGAGCACGCCGAAAUUGUUUGAUUUACUGACAAGAGGAAAUGACUGUUUGCAAUGAUAUUUCGAUUUCAACGACUGAGUCACAUCAACGGAAGCCUUACAAUGUAUAAUAAUUGCUGUAUAUUUAGUUUCGAUAAAGGAAAUGGUUUGCAACAACGUUUGAAGGGAUGAGUGCUAGCGCAUAACAGUAGGUGAUUCUCAGUGGUAAGAUUCAAAAUUUUAAGAACGGGUUAUAUUUUGCGAUCUUCCAUACAAAGCCCUCACCCACGCUCAAAAUCGAAAAUUAGUUUUUAUCCAGUUACGUUUAUGUAUGCAGAUUGUGCUGGAAAUUUGAAUUUUCAAAUCAUUCCCAACCUUAAAUGGAUAAUUGCUAAUUAUUUAUUUCAAAACGUGGCUAGGUGUUCUUCCAAUUCUCAAUUUUUUGCAUCAGUGGCAGGGGCUUUGUAUAAAGGAUCCCCAUUUUGUAUCUAACUCACUAACAACAGGUUCCGUCGUUUCAUAAAAUGCUCGUAUAGCAUAUUUGGAUUAUUUUAACUAACUGCAGUUAACAGUAACAGUUGGACGUGUUUCAAUUCAUCCUAAUUUGAUUUGGACAUUGAAAUUAUAACUAAUCUUUAGUCACAGGACACGAAAAUUAGACGACCCGUCGUUCUGAGUACGACGGCGUUACAGUGUCAUGCCCUCGGGACUCCAAAACAAGUUUAUAAAAUGACCAACUAUUAGGAAGCUGCAACUCAUGUUUGCAGUGAAAAUUUGAUUUUGUCCAGCUGUAGCCAGUUCUAAACUGUUCACUUUGCAUUCGGAAAUAUAUAUGAUAUCAAUACAUGUAUUCGGAAACCGAGCAGUGUGUUUGUAUCAUUCAGAAAUAGAAGGCAUAUCCUCAGAAAAUACAACAAUAACAGUUUAGCUACGAACACAAAAAAUAUAUAUUUUUUCUUACAAAUGUAUGUAUGUGACUAUGGGAGCUGCUUUGCAAUGAAACGCAUAGCUAAAACAUAAAACAAGAACAUCACAAUAUUCCAACAACGGGUUCGCGUUAAGCCCCUGAAUCCCACCACUGGUUAUACCUCAUGGCGAAACGGUGAUCAUAAACGGAAUGGAACUAGCGUUACUUAAUUCUGUUCAUUAAGUCAAAGUGAAUCCACCACAUUUGGGAUUAUCAUUGAAUAGACAUAUAUAUACAGCAUAAGCCAAAAUCACGGUAGCAGUUAAUAAUAAUUAAUUAAUUCAAAAACUGUAUCCUAACUUGGCCCACGCUAUAUCUUAAACUGCGUCGAUUUUUGCUUAUAUUGGAGUCGAAUUUCGCAAAGUCUCGAAUUCUGAUUUUUUCCCCACUUUACGUCUUGGUCCACUUGGUAACUUUAUUAUUCAAGAUAACUGUCGCUUACUGAGAUGGGGUGCAAAGCGGUACAGGGUGUUGUGAAUAUUUAUGUUUCUUUCGAAUUCAAGAUACCAUUGGUUAUUGUAUAUUAUUUACUAAUUUAUAUUGAUAUUAUUCCGUUUAACAAUGAGUGAGAAGAAGGGAAUACUGGAACGCCUCGCCGAAGGUCCAGUAAUCGGCGAUGGUAGUAUGAUUUUUACAUUGGAAAAGCGAGGCUAUGUAAAAGCGGGACCAUGGACGCCAGAAGCUACUGUGGAAUAUCCCGAUGCAGUUCUUCAGCUUCAUCGUGAAUUCGUAAGAGCAGGAGCAGAUGUUGUACAAACAUGUACUUUCUAUGCCAGUGAUGGAAGACUCACGUAUGCUCAAGAUAAAAAUGAGAUCACGCACACUAGUGUGGAACUGAAUGACGCGGCUUGCAAACUAGCGAAAAAAGCCGCAGAUGAGAAUGGCUGUCUUGUAUGUGGUGGAAUAUCUCCAGUGCCUGCCUUUGCUCAGAAGAAAGAUGAAUCAAUCGUCCGCAGAGAAUUUAGCAAGCAGAUAGAAGUCUACAGAAAACACGAUGUUGAUUUCGUUAUGUGUGAAUUUUUUAACGACAUUCGUGAAGUUGAAAUAUGUGCCAGUGAAAUGAAGAAAUUAAAGAAACCGUUCGCGUUAUCAAUGAGAUUAGGCGUGAUGGGGGAUGUUAACGGAGUAUCAGUUGAAGAAUGUGCGAUAAGACUGGCAAAAACAGGAGCAGAUAUAAUAGGAAACAAUUGCAUCUAUGAUGUUAAUACCAGUCUGAAAGUAAUAAAACGAGUUAAGGAAGCACUAGAGAAAGAAGACUUACAUCCAUAUUUGUUGUGUCAGCCAUUAGGAAUGCAUUGUCCAGAAACGGAAACAAGUCAAAUGGGAUACCUGUCUCUACCCGAGUUUCCUUUUGCUUUAGAUCCUCGUGUUAUGACUAGAAUAGAGGUUCAUGAGUUUGCCAGGGAAGCGUGGAAACUCGGAGUCAGAUAUAUUGGUGGUUGCUGUGGAUUCGAACCUCAUCUUAUAGCAGCAAUAUCGCAAGAGUUGACUCCAGAACGAGGAGGAAAACAACCACCCAUAAGAGAUAUGAUGCAAGCGUUUGGUGGGGUAUUUUUUAAGAAGAGUGCAGUUUCAAAUAUUGCUUCUGGAAAACAGUCGUCAAGGGAAUAUUGGUGUGGACUGAAAGCUGGUACUGGCAGACCUUACAACCCAGCCCUUUCACAAAUAUUGGAUAAUAAAUUUCAGUUUGAUAAGGAUAAUUGAACACUCCCAUGCGAGCUAAAUAUGCUUAGCUAAUAGCUUCUGUAUGAUUGCAUUUUGUGUAUCAGGAAUGGCUAACAACGGUUAAGAGUGAGAGCCUUAAAUGUAAACAUGGAAUUUGUGAUAUUUAAUUAAGUUAAUUAUGGAUAGCACGCGCAAUAUGAAACAAAGCAUCGCGUUGUAACUUGUUUGUGUAAAGAUUAAUCUUUUGUUAGUUUAUUUGGCGCUUCCGUAGUAUGUGCACCAAGAUGUCGCACAGCCUGAUAACUUAACCAGGUACACAUACUAUGUUCAGGUUGUGCGCCAUCUUGGUGCACAUACUACGGAGGCACCGUUUAUUUUGGAAGCCUAAUAUGUAAAAAAUCCGUUUUCAUCACAUUCAUUAAAUCUUGAAAUUCCGAUAAAUAUUGUCGUCGCUACUGAUAUCAAAAAACGUGUUCAAGUCAUUUAAAAAUUGACCUUUUUUCGCUUCUGUUUAUAUAAUAUAUCAGACUUUGACUGUAGUAAUCACUACAGAUAUAAUCUACAUACGGAGUGAUGGGAUUCAUCCCGGUCUUGGGAUAGAUAACAUAGAAAGCACCAGUUUGUCAUGGUUCGUGAACGCGAACGAAGUUACAGUCCUUUGCGACCCCUUAUCGAUUGCAAUGAAUCUGUGGCGUUAUUUCUUAUGUGUAUAUUUCAAUUUUUUUUCUAAUUCCGUUAAACACUUUUGUGUUGUGUUUGCAUUGAUUCUUGCAUGGGGUCUAGCCGUGCAUUGGAUCUACUCUGAGCAACCCCUUCAUCACUUCAAAAUUGUCAUUUUUACACCAGGGACAUAAAUUGCGAGCUGGGCAGUGUCUAUGAUGUCUGUGCUCUCAUCAAGAGUGACUGAGUAUGUAAACAUUUGGCUUUCUCACACACUUGAUCCUAAAUGUCACUUGACAGGUUAGAAAUAUGCUCUGCCACUGUGUUGACAGAAAGGCUGAUAUUGCUGAACUGGCCUUUCUUUUCUGGACAGAUUGUACUUGCAGCUUGUAAUAAGCCCUUUUUUACAAACUCACCUUCUGUGAAUGGCUUUCCGGGUAUUGCAAUAUUCUCAUUAAUCACGUAGCUAGCUUCGACUGCUGCACUACACUGGUUGCUUUCUUGAAGAAAUCUUGCUGCCUCAGUAGACCUGUUUUAAGACUAGCAACUCGUUUAGCUCUUUCAUCUCCCUGAUAUUUUGUAUACUCCCCGUGUCUUGUCGUGUAAUGACUUUUUAAAUUGUAUUCCUGGUGCAAUGCAAUUUUCUCUGUGCAGAUAAGAUAUGUCGAGGGUGCCCCUAUGUUCAACGAAGAAAUAUUGCAUUUUCAACUUCUCUUGCAAUUGUCUGUGCUAAUCACCAACCUUUCUCUUCACUGCAGGCUUUGAAAAAGACAUGUUUGGGAUGUGCAAUAUAUAAAAUUCAACUUGCUAUCAUUGUUGCGCUGAUGUUUCAAUCAAACAUUUGGCCGAUGGACGUGAUGUCUCACCACAACAUGGUUAAAAUGUGACAAUCAAUAUAAAUCUAAGCGUUAGUGACGACACUGUUUUUAACUUACUUCAAACGAUUUUCUGAUUAAAUAUCAGGCCUACAGGUACGGUCCAGUUAGGUCACCGUACCGCAUAUGCAUUUCGGGGGAUAGAUGAUAAAAUGUAUUUUUUUGCCGUACGUGUUCAUAUCUUAUGUCGGUGCUCUCGAAGUAUGUGCACGAAGAUGGAACACAGCCUGAACCCUAACC